GAAAGAAGCUGCAGUGACAUUAAAGCUCAAAAUCUUCAGGCCACGAGUGGCUCUUACGUCAUCGACCCAGAUGGCGACGGAGGCAACGAGCCUUUUACUGUCUUUUGUGACAUGGCUGACAAAAACGGUGUUGGCGUGACGGUGGUAGGUCACGACAGCGAAGCUAGAACGCUAGUUGAUGGGUACGAAGGACCGGGGAGUUACGUGAAAUAUAUCACCUGCACUGCAACGGGGCUUACCGACGUGGCACAGUUAGCGGGGCUGGCAGAUGUUUCCGCUCACUGCGAACAGUUUAUUAAGUAUGAAUGCUAUGGUGCCCUUCUUUUCAGAGAUGAUGAAUGCUGGUGGGUAUCACGUGACAACGAAAAGAUGAUCUUUUGGGGCGGAGCUAAGCCAGGUGAUAACAAAAAGUGCGCAUGCGGAGUGACAUCGCCAAACUCGUGCGCAGACCCCAAUUAUGGAUGUAACUGCGAGAUGAAUGAUGCCACGUGGCGCGAAGACAGCGGUUUACUAACUGAGAAAUCCCAACUUCCUGUGAUGGAGUUAAGAUUUGGGGACACUGGUGACUCGUCAGAGAGAGGCUAUCACACCCUUGGAAAAUUCAAGUGUUAUGGUUAG